GGCGCGCGCGAUGUUCAGCGCGAUGGCGGCGGCGUGUUGCGGCGUUUGACGUGCGUGCGGGCGAAGAGUGCCGGGGAAGAAGAGAGAGCGGCAAAACACAGGACUCCGAAAAUACUACGGCGACAAUGGCGGACGAAGAGCUACCAGCGGGAUGGGAGAAACGCCUCAGCAGAUCGACCGGUCAACAUUAUUAUUUAAAUAUUUAUACCAAGGAAAGUCAGUGGGAUAGGCCAGAUAAACCAGCGGAUCCAUCUGGUAAUGGCAAGCCAGAUGGACCUGAAGAAGUACAGUGUUCUCAUCUACUUGUGAAACAUUCAGGUUCUCGACGACCUUCUUCUUGGCGAGAGGAGAACAUUACUAGGUCAAAGGACGAAGCUCUCGAGUUGGUUAAAUCCUAUAGAGAACAAAUUGUGUCUGGUCAAGCAACGUUCGCUGAACUCGCCACCAAGUACAGCGAUUGCAGUUCGGCAAAGCGCGGUGGUGAUCUUGGACCUUUCAGUCGGGGCGCGAUGCAGAAACCUUUCGAGCAGGCGGCGUUCGCGUUGAAAGUUGGCGAGUUGUCGUCGCCUGUACACACAGAUAGCGGAAUUCACAUCAUCCAACGAACUGCAUAAGUCAGCUCAGCCUGAAACAAAUUGCCGAGAUACUUGGCGAGAAAUUCUCUCUCUUUCCAUCUCUCCCUCUUUUAAUCUUAUCGUUUACAAGUUCAUGCUGUGGUGUUCUCCCAACAUUCUAUAUACUGGCUGUUGCGGUUUACUUAUUUCAAUCGGAAUUUAAAACUUUACACUUAUUUAAGAUUACAAUUUCAAAAAGCAUUUCUCUUUAGGUAUAUUUUUAUCUAUAGUAUUUUUUAAUAAUGUAAUUCCACUUUGCAAUAAGAUGAUAAUGAAUUAACAGUGCAAUCGAAGAAACGAGAUAUUAACAUUUUAAAGACAGAUUGCAUGUUACAAUGUUGUCAUAUAAGAGUGACAAUGUUACAUUAGAAGAAAUAUUUGAAUGCAUGUUUUUUGACAAAUGUCAUUAUUUUACUCCAGGAUGUAGCAAGUACGACUGUAUUAAUAUGUUAAUGUUAAAUGUUUUCCCUGACCUGAAGGAAAUUAAAAUACUGAUUGCAUAAUAAGAUUACUGCUCAAUAAUUCUAUUUGGGAUUGGGAUGAGAUCACGCAAAAUAUUUAAAGAAUAUCAAUAUAAUAUUUAGUAAUUAAGUUAUACUAUAACAAUAAUUAUAUAUUGAUUAGUCAACUCUUGAUCUAAUAGUAAAGCUUUUUAUUAUUUUUUGUAUUUUAAUAAUUUGUAUUCAAGUAAAUUAUAAAGAUUAAUUUGGUUAUAAUUAUUAAUCUAAAAACUUUUAUCGCAUGACCACAAAAAAUUGUGAUUAAGCUAAAAGUAUAUUUAAUUUUUACGCAAACUUUUAAAUGUAUUGACAGUAUCAAUUUUUAUCGCAUGACUACAAAAAAUUCUCUUUAAGCUAAAAGUAUAUUUAAUUUUUACGCAAACUUUUAAAUGUAUCGAUAGUAUCAACUUUACGAAAAAAUAUAUUUUAUGUGUUCAAAUUUAAAAUACGUUGUAUAAACUAUGAAAUAUGUGAUAAGUUUAUUUUUUUGCUUUUUAUCAAUUUUUUAUUAUAUAUUAGCUGUAUAAAUUAAUUCUCAGCCUUUUUAAAGAAAAUACGUUGUUUAAUUAUAAAAAACGCUUAUGUAGAUGUUUUAAAAUGAUUUGUUGAGUGCAAGUGCAAUUGUAUGCUUUAAUUGAAUCUGAUAAGGAUUUUUUUCUUCAGUUUAAAACAUUCUUCAUCCUAGAAAUUGAAAUUGCUAUUCUGAAACUUUUGGAACCACUUUUUACACGUGCUAUAAGACACAGCACUGCUAUAAGACAGCACUUUUAUUUAAGACCGAGUAAAUUAUUUUCUUAGCCUUAUUGGCAUUCCUCUUUAGUUGGAACGCGAAAAGGAGACAGUAUCUCUGAUGCUGUUUUUCAAACGACAUUCUACUGUUUCUUGAAGUUACAUUAGCAGCACCGUUACAACUACUAUACCUUGUUUUUGCCCAGUUGUUUCAACUUCUUGGGAAACUUAUCUAUCAGAUAAAUAUAUGUCUCUUUCUUUCUAAACAAAUACAGAUAGAUAAUAAGUCGGGUAAAUUUCCCAAUAAACUAAAACAAUUGGCCCUUAAAGCUUAAGGGUGGCGUAUUAAAAUGACUAUAUAGCGAGAAAAAAUAUUUGAAUAGGUGCUGCAGUUUAUUAAAUGCAGGGAUUGAGAAUUAACAUUUGUACACCUAAUAAUUUUAACAUACUUCAACAUUUUAAUUUUUAUUUCUUUGUUUUAUUUAGAAAAUCAUAGACAUGUAAGUAUUUUGGAUAUAUAAUGUUGGGGGAAAAAGAAAAUCUGAGCAGCUGAAAAGAUUGAAGGGACGUAAAUCACAUAUUUCAAAAAAAUACUAUCUUUUAAGAUUAACUUAAGUUUAUUAUCGUUAAUGUAGCGUAGUAUCAAGUGCUCACUUUAAAUAAAUGAAUUAUGGACACGAGAAUAAUAGAUUGAAGAAAUAAUUUGAAGCGUUUCCACCACAUCUAUACAUAUGUUUCCAUAUUCUAAAAGACAUAGAUCUUUUGGAGAUAGUCAAUUUUGGAAAUAGAAAAUUUAAAUGUAACCCUGUUACAUGUAACUUAUAAUGUCAUUACGAAAAAAAACAAUGUGAGUUUAAAGUAAAAUAUAAAUCUGUGCGAUUUCAGGAGAUCAAUUUCAGUUUUCUUGCAUGAAUUAAUAUAUAUUACGUGUGAAUUUUAUUAUACUUAUAAUUUUACAAAGUGAUUUAUAUUUAAGUGAACAUUAAACAUACAUGUAGCAGUGGAAUAACAUAUAUAUUUUGAACUCUCACUUCAGCAAAACUUCAAUUAUAACUCUGAGAUUUACUUGUAAUCUUAUGCUAGUGUAGUUAGAUUUAUUUCAAUGAUUCAUAUCGUUUUUCUCCUUUGAUAUCAUCUAUAAAACAGACGAUAAUACUCUGAUUAAUUGAGUUGUAUAUAAAAUAUAAGUUACAAGAAAAUAUUUGCUUUCAGCACACAGAUUUAAAAUAAGAUUUUUUCAAUUCGCCCAAAUUAAAACUGCUAGAAUAUUCUUAAAUAAGUUUAUGGUUAUUACCCUUAGAAGACAAAAGGAUGCAUAUCAAUCCAAACGAAAUUCAAAUUACACUCACUUUCACACAUUUUUCGUGUUUCUUUUGCCUUAAGUGGAUUUUUCGAUACUUCUCUGACAAAAAACAUUAUGUUUAUAUAUAUCAUCGUUUUCUUCGUAAAAAACGAAAAAAAUGCACUACUUGAUUAUUAAUUUACUGCUUGUAGAAAGGGUUGAGAUCCCCGUUAAGUUUGGGAUGAUGUUUUACUCCGAUUUUGUUUUUGAAGACAGAUUCAGUUUUGUCUUCUAGGGUUAAUAUAUGUAUAAUAUUAUAUAUAAGUCUGAAAGGAUCGACAUAUUUAUACGUAUAUGUAUGUCGUAGCAGUCCAUUUAGAUAGAAAUGCAAUUACAUACAAUAUAAAAGUCUCUUAAUUUUUCCCCCUAUUUAUUACGUUUGCAGAACAAGACAAGAAAUUAUAAGGUGUAAAAUUUUAAGCGAGAACAAAAGAUGAUUACUUAAACGAAAGAGCAAUCUUUUGAUAUUUGUUAGAGUAAAAGUUUAAAAUAAUUCUGUCUCUUUUAGCAUUAAUGUGGGACGUUACCGGAGAGUAUAAAAAAAUACAAGAAAAAUCGAAAACUCAAAUUAAAAUUACUUGCAAUGUUAUCGCAGAUUGAUAAAUAUAGCAUGGCCAUUAUAAUAAUUCACGAUUAUACUUAUGUUUAAUUAAAAAAUUAAUUAAAAAAUUCGGAUUUUCUUGUAGGAAAUAAAUGUUACCAUUGAUGUUAAUUGAAAUAUAAUUCAACAAUUCAAAUAUGGUACGACAUUAACAUGUGGAUAAUUAUAAUUACUAUUGUUAAUCAAUAAUCACUAUUUACUGAUUAUACAUCUAAUUUUAAUGUAGGAAUAUGAAUUGUGAUGAUUGAGUGAUGAAAAUGGUCACCAAAUAAAGAUAAUUAAGGAGAAGUUAA